AUGGCGAAAGUACACAUUAUUCUUAUAUUUUCGCUGGCUUUUGCUUGUAUUUAUGCUGAAAAGCAAAAAAUUCAUCUUAGAAAUAGACGCCCUAAAACUGAUCCAAGCCAGGGGAACAUUAGACCGUCAGUUCCAUCAGGUGACGAUUAUGGUGGAUCUUCUUCAGACUAUUAUUAUUAUUAUGAUGAUUCAAGUGAUGAUUCGGAAUUAUAUCCAGAUGACAGUGCAAGUGAUUAUUAUGGAACAAGUGAAGAUAGUAUAGAUUCAAGUGACGAUGCAACUUCGGGUUCUGGAGAUGGAUCAAGCGAUGAUAUCGCAGAUUCUAGCGAAGAAAGUGACUCUUCCACAGAUAUUGAAUCAGGUUCAAGUUGUGACGUUGAUUGUUCUUCUAUAAGUGUGACUAUCUCAGCACUCACAAUAGAAUUGAAUGAACUCUAUAUAUCUUUGAUCGCAAAACUUGAAGUUCUUUUAAUUGAAGAAGAUUUUAAGGCUUUGAUUAUCUGGUUGUGUGAUCCAACUGGUGAGUUACCCUUCAUAGUGAUAGGCACUUACGAUUUAACCAUCGAGGAAUGGCAAAUAGUUAUUAAUAUAUUCAUACGCAUCAGGGAAAUAUCAAUAGAAAUCGAUACAAUAACAACAACAAUAGAAGUCUCGUCUUGUUGCGUUAUUGAUUUCACAAUAAUUUCGACGUCAGUUUCAAUCAAGAUAAUCAAUGUGGAAAUAGAAAUUGAAGUUAACGUAUUCAGACUUAUCAGAACAUCUCGAUUACUUUUCAUAAUCCCUGUGAAACCAAGUGGUGAUGAUGAAUGCGAAGAUCCUUCAAGUGAAUCGACUUCAAGUUGUGACGUUGACUGUUCUUCCUUAAGUGUGACUAUCUCAACACUGACAGUAGAAUUGAAUGAACUUUAUAUAUCUUUGAUGGCAAAACUUGAAGUACUUUUAAUUGAAGAAGAUUUUAAGGCUUUGAUUAUUUGGUUAUGUGAUCCAACUGGUGAAUUACCCUUCAUUGUGAUAGGAACUUACGAUUUAACCAUCGAGGAAUGGCAAAUCGUUAUAUCAAUAUUCAUACGCAUCAGGGAAAUAUCAAUAGAAAUCGAUACAAUAACAACAACAAUAGAAGUCUCGUCUUGUUGCGUUAUUGAUUUCACAAUAAUUUCGACGUCAGUUUCAAUCAAGAUAAUCAAUGUGGAAAUAGAAAUUGAAGUUAACGUAUUCAGACUUAUCAGAACAUCUCGAUUACUUUUCAUAAUCCCUGUGAAACCAAGCGGUGACGAUGAAUGUGAAGAUCCUUCAAGUGAUGAUAUUGAAGAUUCAUCUUCCGAAGAUGCUGGAACAAGUGAUGAUAGUACUGAGGGUUCUGGUGUGUCAGGUGGAACCGACACAUCAGAAGAUGAGGGUGGCGAUUCAACUUCCGAAGAUGCUGGAACAAGUGAUGAUAUCGCAGAUUCUAGCGAAGAAAAUGACUCUUCCACAGAUAUUGAAUCAGGUUCAAGUUGUGACGUUGACUGUUCCUCUAUAAGUGUGACUAUCUCAACACUCACAAUAGAAUUGAAUGAACUUUAUAUAUCUUUGAUAGCAAAACUUGAAGUUCUUUUAAUUGAAGAAGAUUUUAAGGCUUUGAUUAUCUGGUUGUGUGAUCCAACUGGUGAGUUACCCUUCAUAGUGAUAGGCACUUACGAUUUAACCAUCGAGGAAUGGCAAAUAGUUAUUAAUAUAUUCAUACGCAUCAGGGAAAUAUCAAUAGAAAUCGAUACAAUAACAACAACAAUAGAAGUCUCGUCUUGUUGCGUUAUUGAUUUCACAAUAAUUUCGACGUCAGUUUCAAUCAAGAUAAUCAAUGUGGAAAUAGAAAUUGAAGUUAACGUAUUCAGACUCAUUAGAACAUCUCGAUUACUUUUCCUAAUCCCUGUGAAACCAAGCGGUGACGAUGAAUGUGAAGAUCCUUCAAGUGAUGAUAUUGAAGAUUCAUCUUCCGAAGAUGCUGGAACAAGUGAUGAUAGUACUGAGGGUUCUGGUGUGUCAGGUGGAACCGACACAUCAGAAGAUGAGGGUGGCGAUUCAACUUCCGAAGAUGCUGGAACAAGUGAUGAUAUCGCAGAUUCUAGCGAAGAAAAUGACUAUUCCACAGAUAUUGAAUCAGGUUCAAGUUGUGACGUUGACUGUUCUUCCUUAAGUGUGACUAUCUCAACACUGACAGUAGAAUUGAAUGAACUUUAUAUAUCUUUGAUGGCAAAACUUGAAGUACUUUUAAUUGAAGAAGAUUUUAAGGCUUUGAUUAUUUGGUUAUGUGAUCCAACUGGUGAAUUACCCUUCAUUGUGAUAGGAACUUACGAUUUAACCAUCGAGGAAUGGCAAAUCGUUAUAUCAAUAUUCAUACGCAUCAGGGAAAUAUCAAUAGAAAUCGAUACAAUAACAACAACAAUAGAAGUCACGUCUUGUUGCGUUAUUGAUUUCACAAUAAUUUCGACGUCAGUUUCAAUCAAGAUAAUCAAUGUGGAAAUAGAAAUUGAAGUUAACGUAUUCAGACUUAUCAGAACAUCUCGAUUACUUUUCAUAAUCCCUGUGAAACCAAGCGGUGAUGAUGAAUGCGAAGAUCCUUCAAGUGGUGAUAUUGAAGAUUCAUCUGAAGAUGCUGAAUCAAAUGAUGAAAUGUCAUCCAUGAAGCCUUAUCCAUCUCGUUCGCCAGUUGAUCCAUAUGGUUAUAAUCCAUCAGCUUCUGGUCAUGAUUACUAUUAUGAAUAUUAUGGUUGCUACUACUAUUACGACGAUGACUACUAUGCAGAUGAAUCUAAUGCGCAAGCACUCACAAUAGAAUUGAAUGAACUCUAUAUAUCUUUGAUCGCAAAACUUGAAGUUCUUUUAAUUGAAGAAGAUUUUAAGGCUUUGAUUAUCUGGUUGUGUGAUCCAACUGGUGAGUUACCCUUCAUUGUGAUAGGCACUUACGAUUUAACCAUCGAGGAAUGGCAAGUCGUUAUUAAUAUAUUUAUACGUAUCAGGGAAAUAUCAAUAGAAAUCGAUACAAUAACAACAACAGUAGAAAUCACGUCCUGUUGCGUUAUUGAUUUCACAAUAAUUUCGACAUCAGUUUCAAUCAAGAUAAUCAAUGUGGAAAUAGAUAUUGAAGUUAACGUAUUCAGACUUAUCAGAACAUCUCGAUUACUUUUCAUAAUCCCUGUGAAACCAAGCGGUGAUGAUGAAUGCGAAGAUCCUUCAAGUGGUGAUAUUGAAGAUUCAUCUGAAGAUGCUGAAUCAAAUGAUGAAAUGUCAUCCAUGAAGCCUUAUCCAUCUCGUUCGCCAGUUGAUCCAUAUGGUUAUAAUCCAUCAGCUUCUGGUCAUGAUUACUAUUAUGAAUAUUAUGGUUGCUACUACUAUUACGACGAUGACUACUAUGCAGAUGAAUCUGAUGCUCAAGGUAGUGUUAUGGCAUCCAGCUAA